AGAAAAAUUUGAAGGACGUGCAAGGAACCGUCGGCAAGCGUAGACUUUGGAAAAGACGAAAAGGAAGGAAGGAAGGACUGAAGGAAGUUGAGGGUUGAAACAGGAAGAAGCAGCUUGCACCUUGGUUAUUUUUGGCCAACCCAUCGUCGUCGAGAAAGUGGUUUGCUACAAGGCAUAAAAACGGAAAGAAAGGUCGAUUGCGACUGCAGCUGUUGUUGUUCUGCGAUUGCUGCUUCCACCUUCCAGGAUGGCGUAUACUUUCCUGGACGCGGUCGCGGCCACUGGCCAGCGCAUUUCCGCUUUUUUCCAGACCCUCACCAUUUUCCUCCUCGACCAUACUCUCCGACCGGCCUUCAGUUUGUUCUCAGGCAACUUCAACAUCCCUCUGCUUGAGGGGCCCCCACCUCAGCAAGCCGCCGCCGGUGAAGAGCAACAAGAACACCCGCGUACCGAACUUGAGCAAUCCCAACAACAACAACCACAACCUCAACAUCAGCUUGACGUCCAAGAUCAGAAUUCUGUCACUACCACUCCCGCAACCACAUCUCAAUCGCAAUCCAAGAAUCAAUCCGAAGACGCUUCUGCUGCCAAUUCUGACGCUCUUCCGCAAGCUUCCUUCUUGUCGCUUACGCCCGAACAAGCAAACAGCUCAAAGCUGCCCGACACGGAACCCGACAUGGUCCGCACGUCAUCGGCCACGGCCACGCUGGCAGCGGAACAGCAGCCGCUCAAGAAGAUUCCCAUUCCCAACGUCAUUCCCGCCCUACCCCUAGUUGCCCCUGCCAAGGAGAAUGCGGCCCCCGUCAAGGCCGGCUCUACCGUCGCCGCCUCCGCCGAUUCUGAGAACAAGCUCACCGGAGAUUUGGAACGUCUAAGCAUUGCGACUGACGCCGCUGCUAUUGCCGCAACCGGUGCCGUCGGUUCCGGGGAUUGGGUCCCUGCGACUCAGCAGCCAUCGGAAAUCACCCAGGAUAACAACACCACACCUGCCGCGGCCGCUGACGGUGCCAGUGAUGCGGAACCUCGACAACUCCUCAAGACCAAUGUGCUUCAUGGCCAUGGCCCUAGCACUAGUGUCGGCUGGAAUAUCGUCGACUCUCUUCCCAGGGCCCCGGUUGUCCGCUCCCCCGCUGUCCCUAUCAACCAUGAGCUCUCGCAGACUAGUCAGCUGAAGGAGGGCUUCACUGAUAGCGCAGCCCAACUCGAGGCGGAACUUGAAACGCCCGAAGAGGCUGCGGAAAGGGCUAUGCACGCUGGGUUCAUGAGGGAGGCUUUGGAUAUGGCCCGACUCGCCCUCAAGACCAACGAGACGCCCGUCGGUUGUGUGCUUGUUUACAAGGACCGAGUCAUCGCCAGGGGCAUGAACGCAACCAACGUCAGCCGCAAUGGCACUCGGCAUGCUGAGCUUAUGGCCAUCUGCGCUCUGCUGUCUUACUCCGGUGACGCUGAUCUUGAGCCUAAGAACGCGCAACACCAGUGCAACCACGAUGAGCCUAGCGUUUGGGGCGACAUUGACCCCGGUGACGGCCAUCUCUUCCCCUACGGCCAGAAACUUCACCCCGCCCCCCGCGUCGACCGAUCAGUCAUUUCCGAGUGCACCCUUUACGUUACCGUCGAGCCUUGCGUCAUGUGCGCCUCGCUUCUUCGCCAGCUCCGCAUAAAGAAGGUUUACUUUGGUGCUGUCAACGACAAGUUUGGCGGAACUGGUGGUGUUUUCCGCAUUCAUAAGAACUCUCCUGUCUCGAUGGCUUCAGCCCCUCCGUCGCCUGCGCCCCAGAACGGCAAGGGCAUCGCGAGACCAGCUUUGGAGCGUCGCCCCGUUUCCGCUCUGAACAUCGGCACUGGUGGAGUUGAAGGCCAGGAGCCUGAGCCUGUUGGUGAUGAAAACGAUGAGUCCAAGCAGAAUGAGACGGUGGGCGAGCAGCCUGGCCAGGAUACCACAUCUCUCUUCGAGCCUGAGCUGCAUGGCGAUGGUGGUAAUGUGGAGCCAGGCUAUGAGGUAGAAGGUGGUUGGGGACGCGAUGAGGCCGUCACCUUGCUCAGACAGUUCUACGUGCAAGAGAACGGACGGGCUCCCGUUCCCAGAAAGAAGGAAGGUAGAGCGGCGCGCCUGGCGGCCAUGAUGGAGCGCGACGGCCAUGCUGGCGGUCCCAUGGCCGACGCUCCUGCGGUUGCGAAGCCCGAGGAGAAUGGCGCCUCGGUUGAUGGAGAUGCUGCGGCGCAGGAAGGGGAAGAGAAGUCGGAGGAGAAGACGGAGGAGAACUCUGGUAACAGCUCAGAUGCUUGAUCCAGUGAAUGGAUCAAGGCGCAGUCCUGGUUUCAGGAGUCUGGCGAGCAGAAGCUAGAUUCUGGAGAAGUGUCGUGAGUAUUGAUUUGUGGAGGUAUGUCUUCAUUCCCUUCCUUUCAAC